AUGAGGCCAAUGGUGACUUUAAAACAGUUGGAGUUGAAUGUUUUUGUUAUUUUAUCCCUGUUCCUGCAGGAGGCCUUUUGGAAUGGAACGCAGGUUGACUUCCUGGCUGUGGAUGAGAACUAUAACUUUGAGAUGCAGGUUGAGACCAUUAAGACCAUCAAACCAGGUGAUGAGAUUGUGGUGGAGUUCACCUAUAACACAGCCACUCGCAAAGGAAUCACACAGUUGAGGCUGGCCACCACUGAUGAGAUGUGUCUGGCCUUUAUCAUCUACUACCCAGCCAUCAGUGUUGACCACUGCUGUAGCCAGCCAAACAUGCGUACAUACACGGCCAUGAUGGGGAAGACCGACUACCAAGGUAUUGUGGAGAUGUUGAAGACUAAAGCUUGGGACCAGGCGUCCAUUGCUGAGCAUGAGGCCACAAUGAAGAAGGUCCCUCAGAUUGGGUUUAUCAGCAACGAACAUAACGUAAGCAUCCACUCAAUGACAAUGCUGCAACAUCCAAACCUACUGUUUAUUCUGCUCCUCCUACAGAGUAACUACACCAUAUAUGAGGGACGCAUCCUCAACAUGAUGACUAGCCCUUCCGUGAGUUGCAGGAGUGAUCCAACUGGCCUGGGUCUGUGAAGAGUUAACUGGCAACAAUAGCUUCUGGUUCAGAAGGCUGAAUGUUUUCUAAAUGAGUCUCCCAUGCAAGUAGAA